CGGGAUGAAAAUCUUAUUUCGUGCAUAUCAUCGGUGUUAAAAAAGUAUCUCAAGUAAGACAAGAGAUUAACUACUGUCAUCAAGAAACAUGGGUCGAUUUUCGCUGCUGGUUGUCGUUUGUGUGUUGGGAUGCGUGUGGCUUACAUCAUCCCGAUCUAUAAGACAGGAUGUCAACAAGAACGCUGACUUGGAGGCUGUCGAGCUUGAAAACGUUGUCAACAAAAUGCUUGUCAACAGAAUAAAACGUGAACCCGACAAUGAAUCCAGUGAGUCGGAAGAUUCUACAGAGUCAGAAGAGACGGAGGACAAUGAUUCUAGUGAUUCAGACGAUUCAACACAGUCGGAGGAGACGGAAGAGGAAGGCAGUGACAGAAAGAAACGAAGUGAAUCAAGUACGGAGUCGGAAGAUUCUACAGAGUCAGAGGAGACGGAAGACAAUGAUUCUAGUGAUUCAGACGAUUCAACACAGUCGGAGGAGACGGAAGAGGAAGGCAGUGACAGAAAGAAACGAAGUGAAUCAAGUACGGAGUCGGAAGAUUCUACAGAGUCAGAGGAGACGGAGGACAAUGAUUCUAGUGAUUCAGACGAUUCAACACAGUCGGAGGAGACGGAAGAGGAAGGCAGUGACAGAAAGAAACGAAGUGAAUCAAGUACGGAGUCGGAAGAUUCUACAGAGUCAGAGGAGACGGAGGACAAUGAGUCUAGUGAUUCAAGCGAUUCAACACAGUCGGAGGAGACGGAAGAGGAAGGCAGUGACAGAAAGAAACGAAGUGAAUCAAGUACGGAGUCGGAAGAUUCUACAGAGUCAGAGGAGACGGAGGACAAUGAGUCUAGUGAUUCAGGCGAUUCAACACAGUCGGAGGAGACGGAAGAGGAAGGCAGUGACAGAAAGAAACGAAGUGAAUCAAGUACGGAGUCGGAAGAUUCUACAGAGUCAGAGGAGACGGAAGACAAUGAGUCUAGUGAUUCAGGCGAUUCAACACAAUCGGAGGAGACGGAAGAGGAAGGCAGUGACAGAAAGAAACGGAGUGAAUCAAGUACGGAGUCGGAAGAUUCUACAGAGUCAGAGAAGACGGAGGACAAUGAUUCUAGUGAUUCAGACGGAUCAACACAGUCGGAGGAGACGGAAGAGGAAGGCAGUGACAGAAAGAAACGAAGUGAAUCAAGUACGGAGUCGGAAGAUUCUACAGAGUCAGAGGAGACGGAAGACAAUGAUUCUAGUGAUUCAGACGGAUCAACACAGUCGGAGGAGACGGAAGAGGAACAACGAAAAUAAGUAAGACAUAGACAUGGACGGAGAGGAAAAGAAGGAUGAAGACGAACGUGAUGUUAAUGAUAUAAAUAUUUCUUAAUAAUACUUUUAAUUGUCAUGCUAUGCAAAAUAUACAUUAUACGAUCCUUGUUCGGUUCAAAGCGGACAAUAAAUAGAAAAAGGAAUAUAUAAGAUGUUAAGGAACAUUAAUGAUGACCAAUUUAAACAUAAUAUCGCACAGUGUCUUUGGUCUGUUUAUGGUAAUAAACAUCAGCAAACGUCAAUAACACGGUCUCAUUAUCGAUUACGGCACACUGUUGAUGAUCUGGCCACAAUUUACCGAAACUUCUUAUGCUUAAGUAGCUAAAGUAGUGAU